CUUUAUUAAACUGACAACCGCCAAAAUCCCUGAAGAAGAAUGGGAUUAUUUCUGGCUCUGCGUUACACAUGAAUGAAACGCGCAGUAGUUUGACUCUGAAGUCUGAACUAUACGCGUGUUUGAGAUCGCGAGGCAGCGGCGCCGCUCACAUCUGCUUUAUGGAGCUGUAGAACAUGAUGUUGAUGGAGUUACUUUUCCUUGAAAAAGGAAAAAGCAAAAAACAAUAUGGAAUUGCGCAGACUAUUUUUUCUCUGUUACAUUUUUUUAUGCACACCACAUGUUCAGUGCGAGAAACAUCUUCUCCAGUAUGUUUACACCGCUCUCACCAAACCUGCUGGAUUCUCCGGUCCAGAGUUCAGUGCAGUGGGUCUGUAUGAUGACAGACGGAUCUCUCACUACAGUAAUGAAGAACAAACCUGGAAAAGAGACAGUCAGAAUUCAGAUAUCUGGAGAGACACUGAAGAACCAAAUGAGUCUAGAGACCGGUUUAUAGAUCUGGUUAAUACUCUGGCAAACUGUACAAGAUCCAAAUGUGACGAUCUCCAUACACUACAGAGGAGAAUCGGCUGUGAGGAGGAUGCAGUGAUGAAUGUGACAGCGUUUGAUGAGUACAGAUAUGAUGGAGAGGACUUUAUUGCCUUUAAUUACAACACAAUGCAGUGGAUGGAGAAAAAUCCAAAGGCAAAAGAAACCAAAAUGAAGUGGAACAAACAAACACGCCGCAAUCACUAUCUCCAGUCAGACCUCAAGACCUGCAUGAACUGGAUCUCCACAUUUAAUCAUUCAAUAAGCAAUGCUCCAGAUGUUCACAUGUUUGCCUCUGAAGCUCCUCAUGACCGAAGCGAGCUGAUUCUGACCUGUCUGGCCACUGGCUUCUACCCCAAACACAUAGAGAUGAAGAUCACACUGAACAACAGUAACCUUGAACCCUUCAACUCUACUGGAGUCAGACCGAAUGAGGACAAGACCUUUCAGAUGAGAAUCAGUGUGGAGAUUCACAGAGAUGAGAAAGAGGGUUAUGAGUGUCACGUCUCUCAUAGCAUUCAGACAAAUACAACAUCAUGGGAUGGAAACUACAAUUGCAGUGAAGAAUCUAGAUGGCAAUAUUUGGCAGCAGUAGCUGCAGCUGUAUUUGCAGCUGUAGUUCUGAUGGUGUUUUUCAUGUGUAUCUACACAAGGACUGCAAACAAGAAGUUAAAUAGCCAGAAGAACUCCAGCAAUGGAUCCUCAGGGAAAAAUGUCACCUCAGAGUCAUCAGAUCCUCUGACUGCACCUGAUUCCCCUGAGAAUCAUGAAUCUGACACACCGUCACAGCUGAUAGAGAACAGAGACAGGAGCCAAGAGACUAAUGGCGCCACCUGCUGGACACUCACUGGAAACACAGCAGCAGGUCCUCUGUGUUUUCCUGCGGUACUCAAACACAGGUUGAGCUGCAAACAUACACAACAGCACCUUCACUGGACAGAGACGAGAUUCUUCACUACAGCUUGAUGUAUCACCCGGCCCUACUGUAUCAACAACAAUCUGGGGUCAAAGGUCAUAAUGAUAGUGAUAGAGCCUAGUACUCAUUAUAUUCUAAAUCUUGCUAUUACCAAAUCAUUUUGAAUUUUUGUUUUAAAUUAAUAUUCCCAGUUUGAGUUAAAUUCAGACAACAGCCAGUCUGUGCUGCUGAAGUGUUUGUAUAAUUGUUACAGUGACCUGACAGUAUUAUUUCAUAGUCAUUAUUUCUUUGUCCGUUCAAUGGUUAAGUUUUGUGGAGUUUUUGCCCUUCACUCGCUCUCUGCCGUUUAAUUUGGAUACAGUUGUUUAUUUUCGCAGUUCUGAAGCUCUUGUGUGAAACUCAUUUCCGUUUUAAAGAAAUUUCAAAGUGUCAUGCAACAACUAAUCGAUAAUGAACAUUUCACAUUUGAUUAUCAGUUAAUCAGGUCUGUGAAAUAGUGAAUUCAACGCCUGAAAAUAGUGAAUUCAACGCUGGAUUUGCACAAAAGAUUAACAUGACGGCACAUGCUAGUGGAUGAGUUGAAUCAACUCCACAGCAGCUACAUAAAUUUAUCCAUUAAUCAUUCAGAAACAUCCAGUUUCAUUCUAAAAGUUGUAACUUCUUCCUGAGUCUCUCCAUCAGUGUCGACUCCGGUUUAAACAAUGUAAGGCUGAACACCGUUACUGACAAUCCUCAUUUUGGCUGCGUGAGAUUCUCCAGCUUUGUUGUUGUUGAGCAACCGAAGUGUGAGCUGUUAAAGCUCCGCCCUCUUCUGGAAAGGGGUCUGGGAGCAGCAGCUCAUUUAAAGGGACACACACAAAAAUGGCGUGUUUUUGUUCACACCCAAAUAGGGGCAAAUUUGACAAGCUAUAAUAAAUGAUCUGUGGGGUAUUUUGAGCUGAAACUUCACAGACACAUUCUGGAGACACCAGAGACUUAUAUUACAUCUUGUAAAAGGGGCAUUAUAGGUGCCCUUUAAUGGAGCAAUUAAAAAUUGCACAAAAUUAAUGUUGAGCGAAACAUUCAUUUUGUUUGAUGUUAAAUUAAGUUUAAAAUUCCACAUGUAAGGCAAGUAUUUACUGUAAUUUGGAUCAGGAUGAAGAAAUGGCAGUAACGGGUCACUGUGUUCAGAGGAGUGAAGGUCUGUAUUCUUUCUCACCUGUUAACACUGAGUUUGUGCUUCUUUAUCAUUGUAUUUAAUUAGAAAUUUAAACAUUUAAGAAAUUUAAAAUCUUUUUGCUUUGAAACCUAAGAAAAGUUUCUGUUUUGCACAUAUAUGUAUAGGAUAAGCUACAUAGAUACAUUUAUUUGUUUACAUAGCCUUCAGUUUGCACACUUGUUUGGAGGAUAACAUUAGGCAGGAUGUGGAAUAAAUAAAGUAAAAUUGGACUUUUUAUUUUAUUUGGUUAAUCGUCUAAUCAAAUAAAUAAUUGACAGAUUAUUCAAUUAUCAAAAUAAUUGAAAGUUACAGCCCUAUAGACACAUGCAUGCAUAUUGUAUUUGCAUUUACAUCUUUGUUUGUACAUUAUUGUGUAAGAAUGCAUACCUGUAUACGUUUUAUAUAUGUAAAGAAAUAAGUUGAGAGUCAUUUGCAAACACACAUUUCUGUGCCAAGCACUAUUUUGGGAGAGCACUGCAAUAUGAGAACAUUUUAAUAUUGUGAAAUGUUUUAUAAAAGCCUUAGCUGCAGCAAUGUGGUGUGAGGUCAUAUUUUCAGGAAAAAAGAAUUAAAUGGGAUAUUUGAUGCA